AUGGACACCGAACAGCAGAUCCAAGAUGAGGUGACCUUACUUGAGCUUGAAGAGCGCCAGCUACUCAUCGAUCGCAAAAGGCUCGAAUUGAGACAGCGUCUUGCCGCGAUUCAACGACGGAAGCAACCUGAGACAAUUACUCUUGAUCUUACCAAUCAUGAGGAUGAGAUCAAUCCCAAGCAAGAGCCGGAGAAGGACAAUGGACCGAUCGAAGUGCAAGACACCGUGGCCGAACAACCAAUAUCGAACAACCCUACAGCUCAGACCGCAAUGAGCAUCGUGAAACAAGAACGGGAACAACACCAGUACCCGAUGGCCACGGCCGGACAGAAAGUCGCUAUGGCUAAUUUUCAACCAGAACAGCAACCUGCCUCGGAUGUUCAAAAGGACUAUAACCAAGCGGCUGCAGACAUUGAGACACCCACCACCACCGCAUCUGUCUCCCAGCAACCUUCUGAUGAGAUUCCAAGACCAAGUGAAUGUAACCGACAGAGUGAGAAGCAGGCCUUGCCCUCAAUGACCACGCCCCGACCUGAUUAUCUCAAGCGAACGUUAUCUCUUCCAGAGGAUCAGGGUGCUAUUAGGCUGUUUCAUCCUCAGGCGUCAGGACCUGAGCGACUUGAUGCUGAGAAACCCGCCACGUUCACCGAAGCAAUGCCGCCCAAGAAGGCGCGGGUGCUGGCAUACGAGGUGCAACAGAAGGCCGGGUUACCAGCCCCACUAGAACGGCGACGUGCCCUGACUACCUACUAUCGACAUCUUCUUAGUCUCCAUCUCGAGUCCUUGACUUUCAGCGGACCUCCGUAUGCAUUCCACGUACGCAAAAUGGUUGACGGAACCAGUCGCUGCGAUCCUCGGGACGCAAAUCGGCAGAUCAAGGAAGCCAUGGCCACGAAAAGAAAGCCCGAUAAGUUUGAAGAGACGAUGGAGCGGUUUGCCAGCAGCUGCAAGUUCUGGUGGCCAGUAUGUCUGGCCUUGCCUCGGCUGGAUGAUCAGAGGACCAUGAUCAAGAGAGUUGUUGGACAGCUCAUAGACGGUACUUUCGACCCCAAGGAGUUCGUCAGAGACAAAUGA